AGUCUACCUCUCUGGUCUCACGAUGACGUGAGAGAAAUCAUUCAGGUACAACAAAAAAAAAUGUGGAAAUUAAAAUAUCAGCAAGAAAAAUAUAGUUGUGCAGAUGCAAAAAACUAUAUUUUCAUGAUCAAACGAGUGCAGUGAAUGUGACAAUGUGAAUUUAACUUCUAAAAUCAAACGUGAUCACAAUAGCUGUCUUCAAGAUGAACAAAUCUCGAAACACCCUCGAGAAGAAAUCCUAUAACUUACCAAAUUGGUUAUGGACAGGCUCAAAUUCACUGCCCCAGUUUUACAAAAUCAUUUGGGAGGCAGUAAAAGAAGACAAGCUAACACUGGGUGCAAGUCAGGGUGAGUUUUUAGUGGACACAAAUCGUGUUUUUCCUCUUCUUCUAACAAGUCAAUUGCCAACGGAGGUCCUCGGUUACAUAUGGAGUUUGGCAAAUCAAAAAUAUUCUGGCCAGCUUACCGAGUUAGAACUCUAUAUCGUCCUGGCAUUGAUAGCAGUUGCCCAAACAUCGUACAUAUUCACGAAUUUAGAUGUCCUGCAUAUGCUGCCUGGACCACCAACUCCUAGACUGAAUCUGAGCUUUCUUUACUCAAAUGAAACUCAAGGGCAAUCAGGAUCGCAGGGAUUAACAUCACCAAGGCCAACAUCAUAUGGUAAAUCGUCACAAUCAGAAUCACAAGGAGGUUCUAAGGAUUUUCACCAACUUCACACGUCAGCUGGUGAAUCAAACUUGCAAACAACAUUUUUACCGAAGGCCACGGGCGUCCAAUCUUACUCAGGAUCCAAGUCUUAUCAGCUGGCAAGCUCACAAAGCCAACAAACUCCCAUUCAAUCCCAUCAGAUGUCAACGGUUGGGUCGACUUUGCAAUCACUGCAAUUGCCAUCGAAAUCCUCCAGAGCUUACGAGGCGAUUUCACUAGCACAACCAUCACAAUUACCUGUUCAACUGCCACAAACUUCGAUCACAUCAUCCACUUCACAGACAUCUUUGCCAAAAGCUCAGGUCUACUCAGUUCAAAACUUGCCAACUCCGUCGCAAAUGACGUACGAGACAAUCGUUCCAUCGUCCAUAAUCAACAGCUCACAUAUUUCUGGAAAUAAGCUGUCUGUGUCGCAUAAAAGUCCAUCAGAAACUUCGUCAGAUUUCAGCGAUGAUUUCACUGAUUUUCAGAGCGCUCCAUUACCAGCUUGUCCAUUACCUAAUAUUGAUUCAAAGCAAGGCUCAGCCAUUGGUUCUCGAUUGGCUAACCAUAAUUUGAGCAGUGGGAGUUCGAUUAAGAAGAUAAACGAGAAGACUAAAAAAUCGGCACCAAAGCUCAAGACGAACUGUUCGAGCGUUGGAAGUGGGAAGGAGGUACCAUCAGCUGAUGUUUUUGGGGGAAUGUUCCCGAAAUGUAUGGUAAAGAAUCAGACGAAGACCGUUGUUCUUAAGGAUACCAUCAUCAGAAAUGGCGAACCAAGUAAGCCGACUAAAAGCUUUGUGGUGAAACGUGAAACUUCCUCAUGUCAGAAACAAUCGAAGGAACCUACAGGGCUGGACCUCAUGAAUCUUCACUCUGUGGAAGAUAAAUACAGCGCAUUGAGGAUUCUUGUUCAAACCCCACCACCUCCUACUGUGGAGAAUGUUCAGCAAGUUCUGGAGACUGAAGUAUCAGAGAAUUUGGAGAAUGAGGAGGAACAGUUCGAUGAUUUUGGAGACUUUGUUUCGGCGGAACAAACUGAUUUGACUAGUGGGUUUAGUCAGUCUGUACUCGAUGCAUCAAUGGAUCUUUUCUCGGAUUUCGAGCAGUUCCUUCCCCAUUCGUCUGGGGAGAAGGAAGAAAUUUCUUUUGCACAAGAAACUAUAGAAGCAUUGGCACAACUGGAAAUUACUGCUAGUCCAGAGAAAACAAUUAAUUUUCUGGAGGAAAAGUAUGAGACUACCAUUGAUCCAGAGAAGAUCAUCCAGAAAGAGGAUACGAUAUCAAUGAAUAGUGUAGAGCUCGCUAAUGGCCUGGGCGUAUUAACACGUUCUGGCUCGGUACCUAGCCUAGAUCUUAAAUCGUUCUUACCUUCUAAUGGUGAUGAAGAAAAGGACACAGAGAGCAUGCAUCAGUUAAUUUAUUGGGAGUGGAAACAGUACAUGGAGAGCUGUAUUCUGCUUUUGCAAGUAGCUGUGAAUAUCUUCACGGGUAUUAAUUCAGAAAUCGUCCUACUAGAGGUUCUGAAUUCUGCUCAAGGGUAUAAUUUCCUAUGCAAUCUGGCAGAAGUGGCAGCCGUAUGCAGACGAGUGAAUUUCUCCCACAAAGAGAUGGACAUUAAUAUCAUGGGUUUUGACGAUUUAUUGAUGGACAUCGAUAGAAUUUGGGCGGAAAUGGAACCUUUUUAUGUCAACAUUCCAAUUGUUACAGAGUUACCAGUAUGGCCCCUCCACCAUGGAGAACCCAACACGUGUGCUCUUUGUCUCACCGUUGUAACAAGUGGUAGAAUAAUAUACAAUGACAACACGUAUCACGCAACGUGUGCAAAUCUUUGGUUAAAUUGCGUAAACAGUAAUCUCCCAGUUCUCAAAUAUCCAUCUCCACUUCACACAGUAUCUGCUGGAAGCAAUUAGAUCUGAUCUUUAUUUAUUUUUAUUCAAUGUUAUGUUCUUCAAAACCGUCAGAACAUUUUUUUAUGAAUACGCAAUAUACUAUGAAUUUUACUGGAAA